AAAGAUUUGACCAACAAGAAACAAGAAAGGUAAAUACAAUAUUAAAAUAAUUUUAUUCUAUUUAUAUACAUUAAGCAGUCUAGCAACACAGUGUAGAAGAUACCAGAAUUCAUUGUCAAAACAAAAUACACUUUAAAAUUCAAACUGCAUGAUAAAUGCCCGACCUAUCCAAUCGAACAGUUUGGCAAUCGAACACCAAUUGUUCGAUUGCUGAACUCAAUCGAACAUAAUCGAAUUCACAAUAAAAUUUUGCCAAUCGAACACAAUCGAAUGUUCAAUUACCGAACGAUUGGUAAUCGAACCCAAUCGAACGUUCGAUUACCGAACGAUUGGUAUAAUCGAACGUUCGAUUAACGGACGCCGCAUCGCAUGAUAGGCAUGUGGUAUUGAAAAAUUCCGAAGGUGAAAGUGAAAUCACCGCUAACUCCCUUCCCUUUUUACGCGGCUUUUGCUGAGCACUGAAACCCAGGACUGAAAUGUCUGAAAUGUCAAACACGGAGGAGAGGGAGGACACUGCAUGUAUUGAAAUUACAUGCAGUGUAAAAGGUUACCAAGACUGUAAUUUUACUGUUGAUGUGGGAGAAGAAUUCUUUAUCUUUAAGAAGAUUGGCUCUAAGGGAAGAGCAUUCAAGGUUACCAACACUAAAGGGCAGUUAGGACAUCUUGAGCGGACGUUGGUUUUGACACUUUGGCCCUUUAAGGACGGGAUGAAAUGGAGAGUUAUGAUCCCACUUACGGGCACUUAUGCUAAAUGGAUUUUGUUUUCACCGGGUUUUAAGGAGAAAAUGGCCGUGUUUUCAUGAGCGAUUUUUCAAGUCGCUUAGCGACUUUCAACCGGAAAUCUCGUGAAAACAGUUAGUUCGAUUUUGUUCGAUUUUGUUCGGUUUUGUUUGAUUUUGUUCGAUUGGUUCGAAAAUCGAACUCACAGCAAAAUAGGUGUUCGAUUUUGUUCGAUUGCCCAACCCAAUCGAACGACUGGAGUUCGAUUGGGUUCGAUUGGUUUUUUGUUCGGUUUUGUUCGAUUGGAUAGGUCGGGUAAAUGGCAUAAGACAUAAUGCUGCCCCUCUCAAACAUGCAAAGGAAUACUCCAGUUUUAAACCUGUGAGAGCAACAAUUAGGAUGCAAGGGCAUUCUGUUUGAUGCCCUAUGAUAUAUUCUAACUUUCAAAUAAAAACUUUGAUUAACAAAUAUAUACUUAGGUCAACUGGGAUUCCAUCCCAGCAAAGAAAUGGGAUACAGAUUCUUCCUGAACUAUUACAUCCAAAGUCUGAUAUUUAUAUAAGGAAAUAUACACCAGCUCAACUGUUAUGUAUAUUCAGUAAAGAAUUGGGAGGCAGUAGCUUUCUGAACAAUUGAAUACGAACUUUAAUUAGUUUUAUGAGCAUUAUCCCAAUGAGCAAAUAGACUAAAAUGAGACAUGGGUGUUAGAGGAUUAAAAGUAGAAAUUGUAUUGUGACAAAUUCUCUUCCUAGCCUGCAUUCACUUACUAAAAUGAAAAUUAUUCCCUUUUUCACUUACUGACAAGAGUCGUACAAAUUUUUAUUUACAUGCCUUUGAACUGUUUUUGUUAUCAACCCUUCCACCCAGUGAAAAAAAAGUGUCUCAACCAAAUAAAGCAUUUUGAGGGCACCCAGGCCCAUGGGCAGAAUUUUUAAGAUACAUGGAUUUUCUCCCGGGGAGUGCUCCCCCUUAUAUAAGCCAGUUAGGUAUGUGCCAUCCCAAAGGGUUUGGUUUUUGCACCUUUUUGUUCUAAAAACGGCCAGGACUUGGAGAACCGGGGGGCACACCCCUAGGUAAUCACUGAUUGCAAAAACCUAUCACAGUAAACUUUUGACUGCCACAUAAAGAGUUGUUCAUCAAAUCAUGCCUGACUUCAUCAUUUUGUUAUGCUUUAACUAAUUUUUUUUGUCUUCUUCACUCAUGUAGGUAACAAUCCGAUAACAAUCUAACAGAAGUACAGUCAUUAAUUGUUCAGUGCUGACCCAACUAAACCAGGAUAUUCUUAAAACGGUAAGAGCUUGGAGCUUGUAACAACCCCAAUCUCGAUCUUUAUUUAGUGACAUAACAAAUUAUGGCUCCUAAGGAUCUUCCUUGAAGUAUUAGAAUACAUGAAAAUUCUGUUAUUUAUAAAAAGCAAUUUACAUCUAUAAGGUCAAGUAAGGUUCCAACUCAGCGAAAAUAUUUAUAUAAAGUUAAUAAACUCUGCCCAUUGGCAGUGGUUUUGCAUAAAGGUUCUAUACCAGAUACCACUCUGAGAACACACAGAAAGUAAUGCUACUCCCUGGACUGAUACCUUAGUCUAUGAUAGUUGGGACUUACUGUUUUUAACUAACUAUUUUAAAAACACCAGAUAACCUGGGAUUUCCAACACAUCAAGCAAGGGAGACAGGAGCUCCCUGGACUGAUACUUCAGUUUGUCAUAGUUAUUACUUACUAUUAAAACUAGAUAAACUGGGAUUCCAACCCAGCAAGCAAGGGAGACAGGACCUCCCUGGACUGAUACUUCAGUCAAUAAUAGAUGAAACUUCCUAUUAAAACUAGAUAAACUGGGAUUCCAACCCAGCAAGCAAGGAAGGCAGGAACUCCCUGGACUGAUACUUCAAUCAGUAAUAGAUGAAACUUACUAUUAAAACUAGGUAAACUGGGAUUCCAACCCAGCAAGCAAGGGAGACAAGAGCUCCCUGGACUGAUACUUCAGUCAAUAAUAGAUCAAACAUAUACUAUUAAAACUAGAUAAACUGGGGUUCCAACCCAGCAAACACGGGAGACAAGAGCUCCCUGGACUGAUACUUCAGUCAAUAAUAGAUGAAACAUACUAUUAAAACUAGAUAAACUGGGAUUCCAACCCAGUAAGCAAGGGAGACAGGAGCUCCCUGGACUGAUACUUCAGUCAAUAAUAGAUGAAACUUACUAUUAAAACUAGAUAAACUGGGAUUCCAACCCAGCAAGCAAGGGAGACAGGAGCUCCCUGGACUGAUACUUCAGUCAAUAAUAGAUGAAACUUACUAUUAAAACUAGAUAAACUGGAAUUCCAACCCAGCAAGCAAGGGAGACAGGAGCUCCCUGGACUGAUACUUCAGUCAAUAAUAGAUGAAACUUACUAUUAAAACUAGAUAAACUGGGAUUCCAACCCAGGAAGCAAGGGAGACAGGAGCUCCCUGGACUGAUACUUCAGUCAAUAAUACAUGAAACUUACUAUUAAAACUAGAUAAACUGGGAUUCCAACCCAGCAAGCAAGGGAGAAAAGAGCUCCCUGGACUGAUACUUCAGUCAAUAAUAGAUGAAACGUACUAUUAAAACUAGAUAAACCGGGAUUCCAACCCAGCAAGCAAGGGAGACAGGAGCUCCCUGGACUGAUACUUCAGUCAAUAAUAGAUGAAACAUAUACUAUUAAAACUAGAUAAACUGGGAUUCCAACCCAGCAAGCAAGGGAGACAAGAGCUCCCUGGACUAAUACUUCAGUCAAUAAUAGAUGAAGGUUACUAUUAAAACUAGAUAAACUGGGAUUCCAACCCAGCAAGCAAGGGAGACAAGAGCUCCCUGGACUGAUACUUCAGUCAAUAAUAGCUGAAACUUACUAUUAAAACAAGAUAAACUGGGAUUCCAACCCAGUAAGCAAGGGAGACAGGAGCUCCCUGGACUGAAACUUCAGUCUAUCAUAGUUAUUACUUACUAUUAAAACUAGAUAAACUGGGAUUCCAACCCAGCAAGCAAGGGAGACAGGAGCUCCCUGGACUGAUACUUCAGUCAAUAAUAGAUGAAACUUACUAUUAAAACUAGAUAAACUGGGAUUCCAACCCAGCAAGCAAGGGAGGCAGGAGCUCCCUGGACUGAUACUUCAGUCAAUAAUAGAUAAAACUUACUAUUAAAACUAGAUAAACUGGGAUUGCAAUCCAGCAAGCAAGGGAGACAAGAGCUCCCUGGACUGAUACUUCAGUCAAUAAUAGAUGAAACGUACUAUUAAAACUAGAUAAACUGGGAUUCCAACCCAGCAAGCAAGGGAGACAGGAGCUUUCUGGUCCGAUACUUCAGUGUAUGGUAGAUGAAACUUACUAUUAAAAGUAGAUAAACUGGGAUUCCAACCCUGGAAGCAAGGGAGACAGGGGCUCCCUGGACUGAUGCUUCAGUCAAUGAGAGAUGAAACUUACUGUUAAAAGAAGUCAGUCACUGGGAUUCCAACGCAGCAAGCAAGUUUAGUAAUACCUGGAGUGAUACUACAGUUUAUUAUGCAUGUAGUUUAACCUUUAAUACCCUUAUUCUAGAACUAAAUGAAGUGCAUUACAUCUUAGCUUUAAUUAUUUUUUUUAGUAUUAUACUGUUCGAGCAGCAGCAAUUCUUUCCAUAAAUUUUGAUAGCAGCCAUAAGUAGAAAAAGGGGAUUCCAAAAACAAAGUUGGCCUAUUGUUGCCAAUACAGUGGCCUCAAGCCAGGUGGAGGGUUUCAUGCGUUCCACAGGGUGCUUGUCUACUUAUGCGGUGAGAGUGGUACUGAGCCAUCAGUUACACCGAGGUCUGGGUGGUUGCCUCUGACCGACAGGUGAUGUAUUGGGCGCCUGAUAAGAAAACGGCCGUUGCACUCAAGUGCUUAUCAACUCAUUCUGCAGUGGUGCAGAGCAGUUUACGAGUGAUACUGCACGGGCCGUAGCGGUGUACCGCUCAUCGGGUCAUGCCAUAUCUCAGCUUCUGUCACGAAACAAGUCUGUUGUAAGUGCUCAUGCCCAGGUGUCCCGGUAUGGACGCAAGCGGAGGUCCCCCAAUUUAUAUGGCCGUUGCACUCACGUGCGUCUCGGAUACUGCACAGGCCAUACACCCUUUUCUUUAGGUCAUGCCAUAUCUCAGCUUCUGUAACAAAACAGGUUUUUUCAAGCCUUUAAAUUUUUUUUUUGUUCUUGUUUAAAUAAAAAAAAACCCCGGUUAUUUUAGGUAUAAUUUCAGAUUUUCUUGGAAAGAGUUGUUGCUCUAAGAAGAUUAUCACUGGUUUUCAAAGUAAUAUGCACUUAGGGCAACUGGGAUUCCAGCCCAGCAAGGAAGGGAGACAGGAGCUCCCUGGACUAAUACUUCAGUCAAUAAUAGAUGAAACUUCCUAUUAAAACUAGAUAAACUGGGAUUCCAACCCAGCAAGCAAGGGAGAUAGGCGCUCCCUGGACUAAUACUUCAGUCAAUAAUACAUGAAACUUCCUAUUAAAACUAGAUAAACUGGGAUUCCAACCCAGCAAGCAAGGGAGAUAGGCGCUCCCUGGACUGAUACUUCAGUCAAUAAUAGGUGAAACUUACCAUUAAAACUAGAUAAACUGGGAUUCCAACCCAGCAAGCAAGGGAGACAGGAGCUUCCCGGACUGAUACUUCAGUCAAUAAUAGAUGAACUUACUAUUAAAACUAGGUAAACUGGGAUUCCAACCCAGGAAGCAAGGGAGACAGGAGCUCCCUGGACUGAUACUUCAGUCGAUAAUAGAUGAAAGUUACUAUUAAAACAAGGUAAACUGGGAUUCCAACCCAGCAAGCAAUGGAGACAGGCGCUCCCUGGACUGAUACUUCAGUCAAUAAUAGAUGAACUUACUAUUAAACCUAGAUAAACUGGGAUUCCAACCCAGCAAGCAAGGGAGACAGGAGCUCCCUGGACUGAUACUUCAGUCAAUAAUAGAUGAAACUUACUAUUAAAACUAGAUAAACUGGGAUUCCAACCCAGCAAGCAAGGGAGACAGGCACUCCCUGGACUGAUACUUCAGUCAAUAAUAGGUGAAACUUACCAUUAAAACUAGAUAAACUGGGAUUCCAACCCAGCAAGCAAGGGAGACAGGAGCUCCCUGGACUGAUACUUCAAUCAAUAAUAGAAUGAUGAAACUUACUUUUAAAAGUAGAUACACUGGGAUUCCAACCCAGGAAGCAAGGGAGACAGAAGCUCCCUGGACUUACACUUCAGUCAAUAAUAGAUGAAAGAUACUAUUAAAACUAGCUAAACUGGGAUUCCAAUCCAGUAAGCAAGGGAGACAGGAGCUCCCUGGACUGAUACUUCAGUCAAUAAUAGUUGAAAACAUACUAUUAAAACUAGGUAAACUGGGAUUCCAACCCAGCGAGCAAGGGAGACAGGAGCUCCCUGGACUGAUACUUCAGUCAAUGAGAGAUGAAACUUACUGUUAAAAGAAGUCAGUCACUGGGAUUCCAACGCAGGAUCAAGAUUAGUAAUACCUGGAGUGAUACUACAGUCUAUUAUGCAUGUAGUUUAACCUUUAAUACCCUUAUUCUAGAACUAAAUGAAGUGCAUUACAUCUUAGCUUUUAUUAUUUUUUAUAGUAUUAUACUGUUCGAGCAGCAGCAAUUCUUUCAAUAAAUUUUGAUAGCAGCCAUAAGUAGAAAAAGGGGAUUCCAAACACAAAGUUGGCCUAUUGUUGCCAAUACAUUGGCCUCAAGCCAGGUGGAGGGUUUCGUGCGUUCCACAGGGUGCUUGUCUACUUAUGCGGUGAGAGUGGUACUGAGCCAUCAGUUACACCGAGGUCUGGGUGGUUGCCUCUGACCGACAGGUGAUGUAUUGGGCGCCUGAUAAGAAAACGGCCGUUGCACUCAAGUGCUUAUCAGCUCAUUCUGCAGUGGUGCAGAGCAGUUUACGAGUGAUACUGCACGGGCCGUAGCGGUGUACCGCUCAUCGGGUCAUGCCAUAUCUCAGCUUCUGUCACGAAACAAGUCUGUUGUAAGUGCUCAUGCCCAGGUGUCCCGGUAUGGACGCAAGCGGAGGUCCCCCAAUUUAUAUGGCCGUUGCACUCACGUGCGUCUCGGAUACUGCACAGGCCAUACUCCCUUUUCUUUAGGUCAUGCCAUAUCUCAGCUUCUGUAACGAAACAGCUUUUUUCAAGCCUUUAAAUUUUUUUUUGUUCUUGUUUAAAUAAAAAAAAUCUCAGUUAUUUUAGGUAUAAUUUCAGAUUUUUUUGGAAAGAGUUGUUGCUCUAAGAAGAUUAUCACUGAUUUUCAAAGUAAUAUGCACUUAGUGCAACUGGGAUUCCAGCCCAGCAAGGAAGGGAGACAGGAGCUCCCUGGACUGAUACUUCAGUCAAUAAUAGAUAAAACUUUCUAUGAAAACUAGAUAAACUGGGAUUCCAACCCAGCCAGCAGGGGAGAAAGCAGCUCCCUGGACUGAUACUUCAGUCAAUAAUAUAUGAAACUUACUAUUAAAACUAGAUAAACUGGGAUUCCAACCCAGCAAGCAAGGGAGACAGGAGCUCCCUGGACUGAUACUUCAGUCAAUAAUAGAUGAAACUUACUAUUAAAACUAGAUAAACUGGGAUUCCAACCCAGCAAGCAAGGGAGACAGGCGCUCCCUGGACUGAUACUUCAGUCAAUAAUAGGUGAAACUUACCAUUAAAACUAGAUAAACUGGGAUUCCAACCCAGUAAGCAAGGGAGACAGGAGCUUCGUGGACUGAUACUUCAGUCAAUAAUAGAUGAAACUUACUAUUAAAACUAGAUAAACUGGGAUUUCAACCCAGUAAGCAAGGGAGACAGGAGCUCCCUGGACUGAUACUUCAGUCAAUAAUAGAUGAAACAUAUACUAUUAAACCUAGAUAAACUGGGAUUCCAACCCAGCAAGCAAGGGAGACAGGAGCUCCCUGGACUGAUACUUCAGUCAAUAAUAAAAUGAAACUUACUGCUAAAACUGGAUAAACUGGGAUUCCAACCCAGCAAGCAAGGGAGACAGGAGCUGCCUGGACUUAUACUUCAGUUAAUAAUACAUGAAACUUACUAUUGAAAAUAGAUAAACUGGGAUUCCAACCCAGCAAGCAAGGGAGACAGGAGCUCCCUGGACUGAUACUUCAAUCAAUAAUAGAUGAAACUUACUAUUAAAACUAGAUAAACUGGGAUUCCAACCCAGCGAGCAAGGGAGACAGGCGGUCCCUGGACUGAUACUUCAGUCAAUAAUAGAUGAAACGUACUAUUAAAAGUAGAUAAACUGGGAUUCCAACCUAGCAAGCAAGGGAGACAGGAGCUCCCUGGACUGAUACUUCAGUCAGUAAUAGAUGAAACUUACUUUUAAAACUAGAUAAACUGGGAUUCCAACCCAGCAAGCAAGGAAGACAAGAGCUCCCUGGACUGAUACUUCAGUCAAUAAUAGAUGAAAGUUACUAUUAAAACUAGGUAAACUGGGAUUCCAACCCAGCAAGCAAGGGAGACACGAGCUCCCUGGACUGAUACUUCAGUCAUUAAUAGAUGAAACGUACUAUUAAAACUAGAUAAACUGGGAUUCCAACCCAGCAAGCAAGGGAGACAGGAGCUCCCUGGACUGAUACUUCAAUCAAUAAUAGAAUGAUGAAACUUACUUUUAAAAGUAGAUACACUGGGAUUCCAACCCAGGAAGCAAGGGAGACAGAAGCUCCCUGGACUUACACUUCAGUCAAUAAUAGAUGAAACUUACUAUUAAAAUUAGAUAAACUGGGAUUCCAACCCAGUAAGCAAGGGAGACAGGAGCUCCUUGGACUGAUACUUCAGUCAAUAAUAGUGGAAACGUACUAUUAAAACUAGAUGAACUGGGAUUCCAACCCAGUAAGCAAGGGAGACAGGAGCUCCCUGGACUGAUACUUCAGUCAAUAAUAGAUGAAACGUACUCUUAAAAGUAGAUAAACUGGGAUUCCAGCCCAGCAAGUAAGGGAGACAAGAGCUCCCUGGACUGAUACUUCAGUCAAUAAUAGAUGAAACAUACUCUUAAAAGUAGAUAAACUGGGAUUCGAACCCAGCAAGCAAGGGAGACAGGGGCUUCCUGGACUGAUACUUCAGUCAAUAAUAGAUGAAACUUACUAUUAAAACUAGAUAAACUGGGAUUCCAACUCAGUAAGCAAGGGAGACAAGAGCUCCCUGGACUGAAACUUCAGUCAAUAAUAGAUGAAACGUACUAUUAAAACUAGAUAAACUGGGAUUCCAACCCAGGAAGCAAGGGAGACAGGAGCUCCCUGGACUGAUACUUCAGUCAAUAAUAGAUGAAACUUACUAUUAAAACUAGAUAAACUGGGAUACCAACCCAGCAAGCAAGGGAGACAAGAGCUCCCUGGACUGAUAUUUAAGUCAGUAAUAGAUGAAAGUUAGUAUUAAAGCUAGGUAAACUGGGAUUCCAACCCAGCAAGCAAGGGAGACAAGAGCUCCCUGGACUGAUACUUCAGUCAUUAAUAGAAGAAACGUACUAUUAAAACUAGAUAAACUGGGAUUCCAACCCAGUAAGCAAGGGAGACAGGAGCUCCCUAGACUGAUACUUCAGUCAAUAAUAGAUGAAACUUACUAUUAAAACUAGAUAAACUGGGAUUCCAACCCAGCAAGCAAGGGAGACAGGAGCUCCCUGGACUGAUACUUCAGUCAAUAAUAGAUGAAACAUAUACUAUUAAAACUAGAUAAACUGGGAUUCCAACCCAGCAAGCAAGGGAGACAGGAGCUCCCUGGACUGAUACUUCAGUCAAUAAUAAAAUGAAACUUACUGCUAAAACUAGAUAAACUGGGAUUCCAACCCAGCAAGCAAGGGAGACAGGAGCUCCCUGGACUGAUACUUCAGUCAAUAAUAGAUGAAACUUACUAUUAAAAGUAGAUAAACUGGGAUACCAACCCAGCAAGCAAGGGAGACAAGAGCUCCCUGAAACGUACUAUUAAAAGUAGAUAAAGUGGGAUUCCAACCCAGCAAGCAAGGGAGACAGGAGCUCCCUGGACUGAUACUUCAGUCAAUAAUGGAUGAAACGUACUAUUAAAACUAGAUAAACUGGGAUUCCAACCCAGCAAGCAAGGGAGACAGGAGCUCCCCGGACUUAUACUUCAGUCAAUAAUAGAUGAAACUUACUAUUAAAACAAGAUAAACUGGGAUUCCAACCCAGCAAGCAAGGGAGACAAGAGGUCCCUGGACUGAUACUUCAGUCAAUAAUAGAUGAAAGUUACUAUUAAAACUAGGUAAACUGGGAUUCCAACCCAGCAAGCAAGGGAGACACGAGCUCCCUGGACUGAUACUUCAGUCAUUAAUAGAUGAAACGUACUAUUAAAACUAGAUAAACUGGGAUUCCAACCCAGCAAGCAAGGGAGACAGGAGCUCCCUGGACUGAUACUUCAGUCAAUAAUAGAAUGAUGAAACUUACUUUUAAAAGUAGAUAAACUGGGAUUCCAACCCAGGAAGCAAGGGAGACAGAAGCUCCCUGGACUUACACUUCAGUCAAUAAUAGAUGAAACUUACUAUUAAAACUAGAUAAACUGGGAUUCCAACCCAGUAAGCAAGGGAGACAGGAGCUCCCUGGACUGAUACUUCAGUCAAUAAUAGUUGAAACGUACUAUUAAAACUAGAUAAACUGGGAUUCCAACCCAGUAAGCAAGGGAGACAAGAGCUCCCUGGACUGAUAUUUAAGUCAGUAAUAGAUGAAAGUUACUAUUAAAGCUAGGUAAACUGGGAUUCCAGCCCAGCAAGUAAGGGAGACAAGAGCUCCCUGGACUGAUACUUCAGUCAAUAAUAGAUGAAACAUACUAUUAAAAGUAGAUAAACUGGGAUUCCAACCCAGCAAGCAAGGGAGACAAGAGCUCCCUGGACUGAUACUUUAGUCAAUAAUAGAUAAGACUUAGUAUUAAAACUAGAUAAACUGGGAUUCCAUCCCAGCAAGUAAGGGAGACAGGAGCUCCCUGGACUGAUACUUCAGUCAAUAAUAGAUGAAACUUACUAUUAAAGCUAGAUUAACUGGGAUUCCAACCCAGCUAGCAUUGGAGUCAGGAGCUCCCUGGACUUAUACUUCAGUCUAUCCUAGUUAUUACUUACUGUUAAAAUUAGAGAAACUGGGACUCCAACCCAGCAAGCAAUGGAGUCAGGAGCUCCCUGGACUGAUUCUUCGGUCUAUCGUAGUUAUUAGUUACCAUUAAAAUUAGAUAAACUGGGGUUCCAACCCAGCAAGCAAGGGAGAUAGGUGCUCUCUAGUCUGACAAGAAGAACACCUAAUUGCAUUUGCCCGAAAUCUGCUGUUAACUAGGACCAAUGAGAUAUACCCUUAGAAAGUUUCCACUUGAGAAGAUAUGAGAACUCCGUAAUGUCUUUGCCUGAUAUCUGCUCUUAUCUAGGGCCAAUGGGAUUUGCAGUCACAAUCAUUUCAUUUGAGGAAAGAACCUUUUUCACUUUAAUUUAAUUUAGUUUUAAUUGCGUAUAAUUUCUUUUAACAUGGAAGAGACACUUCAUGGAUCUGUUAAAUAAACUAUUAAUACUAUUAUUACUAUUAUUAUUAAUAUUACUAUUAUUAUAACUAUUAUUGUUAUUAUUAUUAUUAUUACUGAUAUACCAUUAGAUGAUUAGAUACCAUAAAAAGAUAAUAACUGUACUGAUUCAAGUUGUAUAUUUCACUUAGUAAACAUAGAUUUGAACCUUGAAAUUACUUAAGUGCUUGACUCUCCACUGUUAUAUCUUUGCAGGUUAUAACGAGGCUUUUGCUGGACGCUUUAAAUAUAUCUCAGUGGAGACGUCGGAAAUGAAUUUAUUGUAUUUAUAGUGUAACUUUACGAUUUUGCGCAGUUGUUGUUACAGGGAAAAUGCUGUUUGAGGGUUCAAUGAGAUUCGACUUGUCUUUAUUGAUAUGAAAAAUAUCUGCUGAUGGUCAGAUAUUUUUAGUGGGCGUUAAACUUCAUUUUAUAUCUAUAUCCCUUAUCGUUGCGAAUCAAAAUAGGUUGUAUUAGUUCAAUUUAAGUCUGUUGGUAACAUCCUCUAAGCGCUUGUUUCUUUUUCUUUAGCUUUUUUAUUUUCUAGAUUGAAUCUACCCGGUUAUUUUUGUUCAUCACGUGGGGAGGCGUUUUCUACGCUUCAGGUAUAAUGGAUAUGUUUGUUUGCAUUAAUCCCCGAUUUUCUCCUUAGGCCUACAUAUCGAGCACCACGAGGAGCUCGAGGAGUUUGGAUUGAUGUACUCUAGAAUAAGAGUACAACAUCGUAAGAGUAGUACCCGGCGUCGUUUGCUAGUGAUAGAAUAGAGAACAAAGAAGUGAACGACUGAAAUGAACUCAUUUAUCCCUAUUGCAAACGGGAAUCAGUAAUAUAAGUUUCUUAUAUGUGCUUAUUGCAAAAAGUACGGUUAAACCCGAAAAUGGUGUUGGGUGUGGCAGAAGUACCUGAAUUUUUUAUCAUUGAGAUGCUUUAUUUAUAUUUUGCUAACAGACAUUUACUUUGGUCGUUAUAUUUACUGAGUUCAGGUUCUUUUUCAAAUUACACUUUUAUAGUUUACAAAGAUUGGAAAAUCGUCAUCUGGUGGAACCUGUACUACCUGAUGAAACAACACCAACAAUGAAAGGUACGUUAUCUCUUGAGGAGAAUUUGGAUAACCCCAGUUUUUACAACUGGGUUCGAGCAGGGGCGGUCCAAAAAAUAGCGGCCUGUUAGACUGUAAAUCCCUUAAAUAAAUGACCAACGCGAAAAACAAGAGCACAAAAUAACCAGUACUCAAAUUUCUCCAUUUCUACAAUCUACUGAUAAAAAUUGCACUUUCUUCUGUUUUAGGACGUGUUUCUCAAAACUGGACAUCAGAAGAAGUGCCUGCGUCUUACAGUACAGCAAAGUGA